AUGAAGUCGGCGCGGCGGUUGAUGCCUGAGGAAGAGGUUUCGGGAAUGGCGUUCACCAGUCAAGGUAAUAUGGAGAACUACAUGAAUCAAGACAAAUGUCUUUACACAAACACCUCAGCCUCUAUAUGUUUCCAGAUCCUCGAAUCAAUGCGGGUGGUUUAUCAAACACUAUUUGGGUUUUCGAUGUUCUGGAACGAAUUCUACUAUCUAUAUGCUCGUUUGUUCGGUGUUUCAAAACGGACAAAGCUGAUCGCCCUUGACACUAGUCAUCCAGCAAAAAGAAGACUUAAGCUUCCGAGAGCCUGUUGGCGUCCGCCUCAUCCAGGCGCCUUACAUGAACCCCAAACUCUUCAUCGGGCGAGAGUCCGAGAUGGCUCAGAUGCAAGAGAUUCUACGACCGGGUGGCUCGUCUUGAGAGCAACGACGACUGGUGCUGGGUGGUACGGGUGGGAUGGGAAAGACACAACUAGCCAUCGCGCUUUCGCGAAGCGCCACUACCAGGAAGACGAGUCCAUCUUCUGGCUUAAUGCGAUGUCAGAGGCCACGCUCAAGGACAGUUUCCGGCUUGUGGCCGAGGCCAUCUUUGAUCUUCGGGAGGCGGAAGUACUGCAGGAUGAGCAGAGCAUCAAGCACAAUCAGCGAUGGUUGCUGAUCAAGCGCAUCGCCCCGGACGAGACCCUCAUCUACCAAUCUAAGGUCUCGGACCGACAAGAAGAAACCCGCUGCCAGACACAAGACCGGUGGAUCGACGACCCAACACUCGACCGCUACCUCGUCCCCUUCUCACGUGGUGCCCGGGCCUACGCUGAGCUGUACCUCGCCACGGCGGCCGCGUUUCAGCAGUACGGCAGCCCAGACGUCCACUUCCAAGGGGAUCAGGACCUCCGAGAGCUGUACGACAAUAGCUACCAGGACCUCGAGAUCAUUGGUGAUGGAGUAACCCCCUUGUAUCGGCCGGACAGUCAUGGGGUGAGGAUCGUGGUGCGUGCUGCAUGA